UGUUACUACUUCCUUAAUACUACACCCGAUUAUAAGAUUAUUCUCUUUCAGAUAAAAAUGAUUUCUCCAAAAAGUGAGGACUGCGAGGAUGUCCGCGAAUCUGCUACGAACAAUGAAUCAAGUUGCACAGGUGAAGAAACACUUUUGGAGCCACUCAUCAACCCGAACGAAACUUUUGAUUCAUUAGUCAGCAACGACAUGGAACCUUUUUUCCAUGUGAACAAAAAACAGAAAUUAUCCUCCGAACGUAGCCAUGAAUAUGAAACCGAUGAUGAAUGCAGUAGGUUAUUGAUGGUACUGAAGGAUGAAAAUAUCCAUCAAAGUGAUAAGAACAAUGCGGAAAGUUCGCCUGUUCGAAUUCAAAAGAAAACAUUUCGUCAGUUAGGCAUUUUCCUAUUUGGUAGUCAGUAUAUCGAAAAGAAACAGUCGCUGACCAAGAAUAUAGAUCAGUUACAUUUAUCGGCUUGUUUUACCCAUGAGAACAUGAAUAUAAUACUUCACAACGAAGGUUGUCUAAUGGCAACUGAGAACAAUUUUGUGGCUCAAGUAAAAAUCUCGUGUGCAUCUUACGAGAAAAUAAAUGAUUCUAUAAACUUUCUUCAAGCGAAAAGGAUUCUUCUGAACGGACUGCGAAUCGUUCGGGUGUUGAUAGACGAUUUCGCCAGUCAGCAAGAUGGGCUUUCCGAGACUCUACUUGUUGAAAUUAGAAAAUCCAUAUCGUCGUCAUCCAUGGAUCGCUUCAAGUUAUUCCAAAUACUGUCUUCAUUGAUCGAACAGAAAAACGAGAGCGUUUUUGAUUUAUAUACAGCGAUCGUGAAUAGUCGACUUGAGUCAAAGGAAUUGACACGAACGGCUAGUGAACUGAUCAAAUUAAGACACUUAACCGAAAGAAGAAAUAGAAUUUUAUCACGCUUCAACUAUCGACCCAAGAAUUAUUGUCCCUACGAGAUUGAUAAACUUCGGACCGAAGUAGUUGAAAGUCAUCGGAAAUUUGUUUUGGAAAAAGCUCCUCAAUAUUUGUUAGACGCACUAAACGAUGUCGAUCACAUGCAUUUAAUGCUGAUUAAGAAUGAAGAUGUGAAACUUUUUGCAGAUAUGGCAAACGUCCUGGAUGAUAAGGUUUUCCAGCGACCUUUGCAAGAGCUGGCCACUCGUUGGGUAGAGCGAGUAAAAAUCAGCACGCGUGAUACUAAAAGCCCAUUGACGAACCCAAUCGUUUUCUUCCUAUGCAAAAGCUUAUAUGAGUUGAUAGCUGAGAUGAGUGUAAAGACAAAAAUGACCAUAGCAGAGCUUCUUAUCAGCGAUGCGACCGGGUGGCACCCAGCAGACAAAAUAACUUGGAAGAACCCAAGCGAUCUUACAAAAUGCUUGGAGAGGGAAUAUUUUUUCAUAUUUCAGUUGCUGGAACAUUUUGAUAUAGGUGCGAAGAAAGCUAGAACCGCCUUCAAAUACAAACUGAAAUUUUUCGAAGACGAAGAACAAUCGUCUGUUUUACAAAGUACAGUUGAGCGAGUUAAAGGGUGGCUGGUAUCCUCAAAACCAACAAUCAAUCCGUUCGGCAUUGCAGAUGAGCUGUACGUAUGGUACUGCCUGCUGGAUGAUAUAUUCUAUCACGUUCUACCCGCAAACGGAAAAAAUCUGCGUGAUUGGAUGGAAAACAUCAUACAAACAUACAUUGGAAUUAUUCGUGAAGCUGGCCGAGAGAAAUUAGAAACUGUACGCAUAAUGACCCGUAACACUGCACGAUUCGUCAUUCAGAGUUCUCCGUUUAUCACUCAUACAGACGCCAAUGAAUUAGACAGACGGAUUUUGCAGAAUCAACUUGAAUUUGUGAGUUUGAAUGCAACAUCUUCCAGAAACUUCUCUGAUGUGAUGGAUAUUUUCAAUGUAUUUUGGAAAAAUAAGAACGAAAUUGUUGAUCAAAUUUCAUCCAAAAUCGAUUUACCGGAGAUGGCACAAGUUAAAAGCAAAUUAUUGGAAAUUAUAUUUCUUGCUUUGAAAAAAAGAGUUGACAUAUCAGAAACGGUUGAAUUUUUCCGCACGUACAAUGAUUUUCUAGUUGAUUUGAACGAUCUGUCAUUCGACUGGCUUAUCAAAGAUAUUCCAGGUGCAAAUAUGUCGGACUUGAUCCUCCUAAAGCUGAUUGUACCAAUCUCGAAUAAGUGGACGGAGACACGUAACAGAACGUGCCGAGUUCUGGAGCCCAAAAAGUUUAUAAAAUUUAUAGGCUCAUAUUACGAAACAGUUUCUCCGAAGCAUUACGUCGUUGAAAUAAUAUCCAUUUUAUUAACUUACAUGCAUCUCCAGUUAGAUAAAAGAGAAUGGGUAUCCAGCGAAACUCUUUCAGAUCAUGAUCAAAUCAAAUCCGGGAAUGAGUUAAUAUUCGCGGUGAGAAACUCAUUGCUAUAUUUGAAGAAUCAGGAGAAUUACGUAUCCUUUGAGCAGUUUUACUUAGAAAAUGUACAGCCGUUUGCAAACGUUGUGAACGGUAGCAUUUCAAGCAAAGAUUUUUCUACACGGAUGCAUUUGAUUAAGGAAUCGUUUUGGUUCAUCCGUAAGCAGAAUGAAAUAGAUAUUGAUCAAGCUUUGGAGCUUUAUCGAAAGCUAAACAUUUCGGAGGAAACCACUGUGCUUCUUAAAAUAUAUCGACUCUAUUCCGAUCACUACCAAAAGUACAUGCAAUUACACGCGAACUCAAUGGAAUACAAUCACCGGGCGGAAUUCGUUGCCAAGGCAGUAAAGGAAUGUGUUGAAAUCAAACAAUUCAAAUGUUGGAAUAAACAAUUCAAACAGGAACAAAUGCCUAAAAUUCUAGCAGGACUAGCUGCCGUGUGGUCCAUUUUAGUGUCCAAAGAUGUUUCCAGCUCGGGGCAAUAUCUUGGUCCUCACUGCAUUCAGAUUUUGUGCAUCUUUCGGUUGCUCGGCGUAGAUCGAACAGAAGACGGAGUGAUAAAUCAUUUAGCGCAAGUUCUAACAGGACAAGGGAAGUCGCUGGUCCUUGCGUUGACUGCUGCGAUUUUGGCCCUAACCGGCCACAACGUUCGUGUUGUUUGUUAUAGCAAAUAUUUGGUGGCGAGGGACAAACAAGACUUCCAACAACUCUUGACCGUUCUUGAUAUUAAGAAUAAUAUCGUUUAUGGUACAUUUGAUGAUAUGGCAAACCAAUUCAUAAAUCCUGCAAUAGUGGGAAAAAAGGUUAACCUAAGAGAUUUAGUUACUAAUUUAAUAAUGAAAAGCAAUUCAACCGAGGCUCAAAAAUUCGAAUCCGAAAGAUUGGAUAACUCGGUUCUGCUGAUUGACGAAGUUGACGUUUUCUUUACUAAAGACUUUUACGGCGCAUCGUACUUACCUACAGCUGUCCCAUUUAUUCCAGGAUUAGAUCAAAUUCAGGAAAAAAUAUGGAUGGCCGCUAAGGAAGGCAAUUCAUCAGUAGAAAUAGAUCUACGCAUAAAGGAAUUCAUGAAAUCACCUAAUUUCAUACACCGCGAGAACAUGCAAAAAUUUCUUCACAAAUCUGGGCAUUAUCAAUUACUCGAAAGUAAGCAUAACUCCUUAAUACUACGCUUGUAUACAAACCAAUCCUUGUUUCAAGAACAUCUUAUAAAAAUGAUUAUUUGUGCUAUCGAAGUUUAUGAACAGCCGGCCUCACACUGGGCAAAUCACAAACUAAGUUCUGAUGGAAAAAUUCUGCUAAAACGUAGGGAAGAAUAUGGGUAUAGUAUAAGCGAAUACUACACCACAUUUAACUAUUUUCGUUUGAAGAAAACGCAUUUUGCUAGGGAAGUGAGUGGGCAUGUAAAUUACGGUUAUUUAAUCAUAACUUGCGGAUCAUUAUCGUACGCCAUGCUUCCCCAGAACUAUCCAUUGAUCUUAGGUGUUUCCGGAACACUGACUAGCCUCAACCGGUAUGAAAAACAAUCCAUGAAAAAUAUUUAUAAAAUCCACAAACAGUCCACGAUGCCGACAUUCUUUGGUUGCUCGAAUCUUAAGUUCGAUGAAGUGAUCGAUUUCCAAUGCCAUAAUAACGAAACGGCCUGGUUGAAUCAUAUUUUCUCUCGCUCCAAUGCAGUUAUCUCUUCGAAGCGAUCGGUUCUGGUGUUUUUCGAAAACGAUAUUAUUUUAGAUAAGUUCCACACUCAGUAUGUGGGCCAAUUCGAUCGUUUGAAUGUACUAACCGAAAACACCGAUGAUCGGCAAAAACAACAGUUCAUCAACGAAGCAGGCGUUGCUAAUACAAUCACACUGGCAACCCGUGGAAUGGGACGUGGAGUGGAUUACAAAUCCAGUGUGGCUGUCGAGAAGAAUGGGGGAGUACACGUUAUUCAAACAUUCUUUUCCCAGGACAUCAAGGAGGAAACACAAAUUAAAGGACGAACCGCCAGAAAAGAUAAUCAAGGAAGUUACGAGUUGAUAGUUUGCAAAAGCCAUCUGAAUAAAAUCAUAAACUGUAGCUCUUUGGACGGAAUUAGCUACAAGAAUUUGGAUUCAUCCAGAAAUGUUUUCGCACUUCAAGAAAAUGAACGCAUUUUAAAUAGCGUUCAAAAUGCUGAAAAUAGUCACAGAAUAACUAUGACUUACAUGAAAUCCUUUUUUAAAUAA